AAGAAAGUGAGAAAAAUUCUCAAGAAGGUGGAUAGGAUCAGCAGCUUGCCAGACUCACUACUUGUUCACAUUCUUUCUUUCCUACCAACAAUAGACGCAGUCGGAACCAGCAUACUGUCGUCAAGAUGGAAGCACCUCUGGGCUUAUGUUCCCACUCUAGACUUCGAUGUCUACUUGCCGUUUGGAGAAUGUUAUUCAGAUAUGAACUUUGUUGAUCGUGUACUUUUCAAUCAUGAAUUGCCUUGCAUUCAGAAGUUUCGUGUGAACUGUGUGGAAGAAAAUGAUUUAUCAAGAAUAUAUACAUGGAUUAGUGUAGCCAUAAAACGUGGUGUUCAAGAACUUGAAAUCUUUAUUAAACAAGGCGAAUGGGAUUUUAGGUGCCCUUUAAGCCUCUUCACUUGCCCAACAUUGGUAGUCUUGAAACUGGGAUUUCAUGUAAGUUUAAGUACUGUUCCUCGCUCGGUCCAUUUUAAAAGUCUUAAGGUCCUCCAUGUUUCAUUUAAUUUUCCGGACAAUGGAUUGACCCAAAAUCUUUUCUGGAAUUGCCCUGUUCUUGAAGAUUUGUUUAUUGAAGGAUAUGUUUACAAUUAUGAUGAACUAACUUUCAAUCUCUCAACGCGGGCACCUCUUUAG